GGGGGUUCUCAGGCCGCCGCCGGCCCCGCCGCCCCGCAGCGGGCAGGUGCUGGGCUCGGCCGGGCGCUGGCGGCGGGGAAGACCUGCUCGGAUACCCGCCGGGCGUUCCCCGAGCGGCCGCUGCAGCCCCUGGCCCCGUUUGUGCCCCCAGAGCCGGGGGUCCGCAUGCACACGGACCCCCGCAUCCGCGUCCUCACCUCAGAGACGAGGGAGCGCUUCCCCUGCCCCCAGCCCGCCGCGCAGAGACCCCCCGUGCCCGCCGCCCGGGGACGGGAGGACAACAUUCCCUGCGGAGACAGGGAGAAAAUAAAGCUCCUUCCAUCCGUCUACACCUUCUCGUACCCGGCACAUGAGGUCCAGCCUGCUGCCAGGCCAUGGCGCUCACACAGGGGAUGUGAUCCCACUAUUAAAGGGGAUGGACGGUCCUAUUACCACACUUCUUAUCAAGCACAGUUUAAGGGUGAAUGGAGUCUGCCUGCAAAACCAAGUGAAAAGCGCACAUCUAUUAAAUUUGGGGAUCCCGGAAUCGGUGGAUCUAUGAGUGAGCAGAAACAUGCCUACAGUGCCCCAGACAAAAGGACACACAGAGCCUACGACAAGGAACGUGCUGCCUCCCAGAUCCAGCACGCAAACGUGCAGCUGGGGGAUGGUUGUACUAGAUUCUCCACCUCAACAUCCGAGCAAUUCCCAGUGUACGAUCUAGAGCCUGUAACUAUGGUGCACCCAAACCAAUAUGCCUCAUCCAUCCCCAGAGGUGACGAAGACCCUGAGAGAAAUCGAGCAUUGGCAAGCACUACUACUACACAGCUCUCCUACCCAGAGACUGGCUGCUGGAACCUCCCCCCCAAGCCUGACCUGCUGCUUCCCAAGCAUCCAACCAAGCUCUGCCUGGGAGAUGAGCAUCCAGGCUCCCGUUUGUUCAGCACAACACAGCAGUUGGACUAUCAGCCACCCCAGCAGAGCGAGAGGGUGAUGGCAGACAGCAGGAGCCACCGGGAGAGCCACAUCCCCUUCGACUACCACACAGAUGAAUGUUCUGUCACGACCAUGAAGGCCACACUGGUUCCACACAGACAGCAGAAAGAACGACCCUCUGAAGAGAUGCUACAGCAGAUCAAAUACGCACACCUGGGGCUACCCUGGAGGGCACCGGACCUCUUCAGGACUGAGCAGAAAGAUCAGUUCACGCCCAAAUUCGGAGGCCCAGCAGACAUCCAAAAGGCAAACUUCCAAGUGAGCUGCAUCCCCCUGGGGACCCUGAAAAGAUACUGUCCCCGGAGGAAGGUGCACUUUGCUCCAUGAUGUUCUCCCUUCUUCAGUGACUACCCAGGACGUGCUGCUCUGUGGACUGCCCACACAUCGUGUAACCUCUUAGCCAUCCUGGUGCUCCUCUCUUGGCCCAUCUGUGUGUUAUUACAGGGAACAUUUCUUUCUCAAAUUGAAUGAGGACACAAGAAGGUGUUGUGACAGCAAGAAUAAACACUGGGAGAUUAGCCCAAAG